AGUGGGCUGCUGGAGGCGCCUGUUGGGGCCAGAGGGGCCCGGGCCCCGCCUAGGCCUCUGGUCCUCGCCGUCCCGCUUCCUCCCCGCCAUGGAGCCGCUCUUCCCGCCUCGUCUCCAUCAUCUCCCCUUCGUGCUGCUGCUGAUGCUGGGCCCGGGCCCCGCCCCCGCCGAGGAGACCGACUGGGUCCGCCUGCCCAGCAAGUGCGAGGUGUGUAAGUACGUGGCUGUGGAGCUGAAGUCGGCCUUCGAAGAAACCGGGAAGACCAAGGAAGUGAUUGACACGGGCUAUGGUAUCCUGGAUCGAAAGGCCUCCGGGGUUAAAUACACCAAAUCGGACCUCCGGUUAAUUGAGGUUACCGAAACCAUCUGUAAGAGGCUACUGGACUACAGCCUGCACAAAGAAAGGACUGGCAGCAACAGGUUUGCCAAGGGCAUGUCCGAGACGUUUGAGACGCUCCACAACCUGGUGCACAAGGGGGUGAAGGUGGUGAUGGACAUCCCUUACGAGCUGUGGAAUGAGACCUCUGCCGAGGUGGCCGACCUCAAGAAACAGUGUGACGUACUGGUGGAAGAGUUUGAAGAGGUGAUUGAGGAUUGGUACCGGCACCACCAGGAGGAGGAUCUCACCCUGUUCCUCUGUGCCAACCACGUGCUGAAGGGGAAGGACACAAGUUGCCUGGCCGAGAAGUGGUCCAGCAAGAAAGGGGAUACGGCAGCCUUGGGGGGGAAGAAGGCCAAGAAAAAGGGCGGCAAGGGAAAGACGUCGGGCGGGAGGAGCCAGAAGCUGAGGAAGGAGCCUGGGGGUGGCCCCGGCCCAGAGACUGCCCGGUCAGAGGAAGACGAGGGGGUCCAGAAGGCCACCCCGCUCUCACACAGCCCCAUGGAUGAACUGUAGUUCCACGCCUGGACCGACCCCUUCUGUGAAACGGGGGAGACAGCCCCUGACUGUGAAGGCCGAGAGCCAUGGCCUGUGGAAACACCUCCGUUCGAGGAGGGGCAGAUCCUCAGCAGCAGCAGCAGCUUCGAGGUGGUCCCCCUUCCCUACCGAGCCCACGCCUCCCUCGGGGCCGUGCCGCCGCCUCCAGAGGCCCCUGCGAGUCCUGGGCGCAACACAGACCACACAGGAGCAGCGUGACACCCCUGCCCUCUGGCUCCUACCCCACCUAGCCCCUGAGCUGGUCUACUCUGGAAAAGGCUGAAGACAGACUUUGGGGAGGGCGAGGAGGGUCCCUGAACCCAUCUCUUCUGGGUUCACACUGGAGUCGGCUCGGUGGGGCCUGGAGGAUGACCUAGUGGGUCCCGGAGCUAGAGGCAGAACUACCAACAGAAGACUUGAGCCUUGCUAUAUCACGCCCCCCUCUUCCCCUCUUUCUCUCCCCCCUACGCCUUUCCUUCCUCUCCCCUGACUUCCCCUCUAUUUCUCUCCCCCCACCCCCGUACCCUCCAUCAGGGGCAAUCAGGACUCCAGCAGGGCCAAGGGCACCUCUUUGAGCACCACGGUUCCCUGAGGUCCAGACCUAGUUCGGCAGCGCGGGGAGGCGGGCUGUCUUGCUGUCUGCCAGGAAUGGUUAACCUGCCUCACUCAGUGGGCAGAGUAAAACUGUCUGGGCUUUUCACUCUUAA